AAAACCAACAGCGGACGAAUUAACUCGGCGUCGCUCAAAGUGGUGUUUCCGCCAGAAUUAAGACUUACUCCGUUGACUAUCAAGCUGGAUCGAAACUUCGUAAAAAAGGUAUGUCUGCUGAUCGGUCCAAUCUCUUUUUUCCUGUCGCAAGCAGGAUUCUGAAGCUAACUGUUUUGCUUUAUCUUUGAUAGGAUGACGCCACUUCUCAAUUGUUAGAUGAAUUGAUGAAAGGACUCAUCAGUGGCUCGUACACCAACAUCACUCUGGCAGAUCUUUUGCUUGGUGGAAAAUACUGCAACUGGUCUUGUGUUCCCAAAUAUAUUCCAGAGGCUUAUCUCCUGAAGGAUCGCAGAGCAAAGCUUGACGUUCUCAGUCUCUGUCUCCGAUACGGCUCGGUUCCUCAAAUGUCGAGUCACGUGGAGAAAAACAAGUUUCUCGUGACGCUUGCUUGGCCUGAGCAGGACUUGUCUCUCUCUGUGAAGAUGCCCAGUCUUCAGCGUGCCGAACUUGCUUGCUGCUCGACCUUCAAGCUCAUGAUUGAAGACCGCUUCAAGAAACAAAACCGCGAGACCGUGUACCUGCACGAUCUCUACCAUCUCGGUGUCGCCAACGCGCAGAUGUUUGUCGAAUUCGCGGCUGGUCAAAACGGACAGGCGGUCGAGUACACCCCGAAGAAAAGAACCGGCAAGUUCCAUGGCGGUGAGGUCUACAUCAACCGAGUCUUGGUCGGACAGGUCACAGGAAUGCACGCCGCCAAGGACGCAGAAGAUGCGGCCUAUCUUAUUGCUGCCUACGUUGUCAAGAACGGCGAUCCCGAACUGUGGGAGUCGUUCUUGAAGGCCCUGCUGAGAGGACAUGGCCAGAUCGUGAAACCGACGAGUCCCAUCUCCGCGCGUGUCAAUAGCAGUACGCUGGGAUGUUUGCGUUCGACGGCGAAUGAAAUCAAGGAGCUUCUUUAUCUGCUUCAACCUCAUAUCAAGAGUUUGAAUCAGAUGCAGCAUGAUCUGGCAGACAGAGGAGACGACGCCGUUAUGCCAGCCAAUUUUAGCGAGAAGGAUUUGCGGGAGAAGGACGAGUAUCUAAAGAAAAGACUGGAAGAAUACAACACAUCCACGCGAGCGGAAAGCAUGCGGAACUCCAGGGCCGAACUGCCUCUUAAUAAGUACAAAGAAGAAGUUCUCGAGAUGAUCAACAACAACGAUGUCUGUAUCGUCGUCGGUGCCACCGGUAGUGGAAAGUCGACCCAGGUUCCCCAGCUCAUCUUGGACGAGUACACCGCUCGCGGUAUCGGAACCCAGUGCAACAUCAUGGUCACCCAGCCUCGUCGAAUCGCGGCCACGUCUGUGGCAAACCGUGUCGCGGCCGAGAGACUUGAUCGCAUCGGACACUCUGUCGGAUACAUGGUCCGUUUCAACUCGUCUCCGGCGGCGUUCGGAGGUUGCAUCAACUUUGCGACGACCGGAGUGUUGCUUCGCCAGCUGCAAAACUCACGGUUGGAUGUGUUCAACAAGCUCUCGCAUAUCAUCAUCGAUGAAGUGCACGAGCGAUCGAUGCUGACUGACUUUUUGCUCGCUAUCCUCAAGCGCCGCAUGAUGGAAAAGAGGAAUGGCAAUCCGGAUAUUCGGAUGCCAAAGCUUAUUCUUAUGAGUGCUACAGUCAACCAAUCCAUGUUUGCCAAAUACUUUGAGCAGCUCGGGACCCCGUGCCCUUCGAUUUCGGUCCCCGGCCGAACGUUCCCCGUCAAGAUGAAUUACCUCGAGGAUGUCGAGCAAUAUUUAGGACCAAAGGACUAUCAGUUUGUCAUGGCUGCUUCUGACAAACGAUUCGACCAUUACAUCCGCAAAGAGAAGAAUAUCGAAGUCCCGUUGGAUCACAACGGAGAGCCGAUCAUUUCUGAGUUGGUCGAGGAAGAGCCCAAGUCUGUCGAUUGGGAAACCGUGGGCAGGUUUGGAAACCAGGUGCUUGCGGAACCGUUGGAGGACAACAGCUUUGUCCCCACCUUGCUCAUCGCCCGGCUGGUUUCGAAAAUCAUGAAAAACGAACCGGGCGGUUCGAUCUUAGUUUUCUUGCCUGGUCUCAGCGACAUGAGAUUGGUCGAGAAGGAAAUCCUCCAGAAUGAGCCCAUGCUGUUCCGUGACCAAAAUAGAGCGCGUUUGUAUUCCCUCCACUCGAGUAUUCCGGAUGCGCAGAGGUCUGUGUUUGAAGAAGUUCCCGAGGGCUGCCGCAAGGUCAUUCUCGCGACCAACAUCGCCGAGACCUCGAUCACGAUUCCCGAGCUGAGAUACGUCAUUGACUCUGGAAAAGUGCGCGAGAAGAAGUACAACCACGCGACCCGCAUCACCUCUUUGCUCGUCGACUGGACCAGCAGGGCCAACAUCAUGCAGCGAAGCGGUCGUGCCGGUCGUGUGAGCGACGGUGUCUACUUUGGUGUCUUUUCAAAGAAGCGCAUGGCCGUCCUGCCCAGGAACGAGACGCCCGAAAUGCUGCGCUCUGAUCUGCAGCAAAUCUGUCUCGAGGCCAAAACAGUCAGCAAAGACUCGAUUGAGAAUUUCUUGAAGGACGUCAUCGAGCCGCCAGCUCCGGAAGCGGUGCGCGGGGCGAUAGACUCGUUGAAGCGAAUGUACGCUCUCACGCCUGCCGGCGAUCUCACGCCCACCGGCAGAUUCUUCUCCGCCCUCCCACUCGACCCUAGUAUUGCGCGCGUGCUGCUGUUCGGAGUCUUGUUCCGCUGCGUGGACGCCGCGAUCAUUCUCGCGACCACGAUGGUCGAGUCGCGUAUAUUCAUGAACCACAACAAAGACGACCGCGAAUCGAUUCACGAGGAUCGUCGGAAGCUGGCGGACGGUGCCCGGUCGGAUCACAUGGUUAUGGUCAACGCGUUCCGGAUCUGGCGCCGGCUGAACAGACAGAACGCGAUCGCGGCGGAUAAGUUCUUGUACCAGCACAAGAUCCACGCGCCGACGAUGCGGAGAGUGAUGGCGACGUCCGAGCAGCUCUGUGUCAUUCUCGAGGACCGGAAUAUCAUUCCCCGAGUCCCCGCGAAGGAGCGCGAUAAAACCCUGCUCGGAAUUCCGGCGCUCAACUCAAACUCUGACAACCCGGCGAUGAUCCAGGUGCUGGCGUACGCGGCCACGUACCCGAACGUCGCAGUGCAGAACGGCGCGCGAUUGCUGACGACCGCGUCCGACAGCAACGCCAUCAUCCACCCGGGAUCUAUCAAUUUCGCCUCUGGAAUCUCCAGUCGCUACAGCGGCUCGGUCACGCCCGAGACUAGGCUGAAACUCAACACGUUGGUUACGUUUGGCGAAAAAGUGAAGCCCCAGGCGUCUGGCUCCCAGGUUUCGCUGAGGGAUGUGUCAGUGAUCUCGUACCUGCCUUACAUCCUUCUCGCGCACAAGGUGCAGCUCGACGGACAGGUCUUGAUUGUCGACGAUUGGCUGAAAUUCCUGUUUUUACCGGGUUCCACCCCCGCGCUAAUCUUUGAUCUGAAGCGCCGACUCGAUAUCCUUAUGCAAUACCUUUCCUACGAACUCUGCAACGGCGAAGAAGGCCGCAUCAUGACCGAGGAAGAAACCAGACUGCUCCGCAACUCUCUCCGCGGCUUGAUAUUUUUGUUCGAGUCCGAGACCGAUCGGGGGGAGUACAACAGAAGGCAACCAAGGUCGUCCGACUCGUACGGAGACGCUCCUCCCAACCAGAGUUUUGAUAAGACCUUGCGGGAUUCGGCAGAUUAUUACACUUUGUAAGAAACUGAGGUGAACGUUGUUCUGAUACGGUAGUACCUAAAAGUUGGCGAGAGAAGACGAGGUGUGAGAGAGUGUUGAUUAUAGAAUAUCUCCGGUUUCCCUUUAUUUAUUGUUAUCAUUUUACUUUGUUUAUUUUGUUUUAUAUCUCUUUGUAUAUAGCCUUGAUUAUAUUUUCUAUUAUAGACUGCGCAAAGAAAUUCUCCGACGUCUGCGAUUGGCACCACUUCUAAGUAACUUGACAUCCAAGAGUCUAGAACAGAGAGGAGAUAGUGUAGGCGUAUUUUACACGUUUGGACAUAGGAGGUCGUAUUUGACAAG